GACAGAACACGAAAAUCCCAGAAAGAAAAAAAAAACAACAGAAAUGUCGAACGAUGAGAAAAAGGAGAACGACAACAAAAAGGGGAUCAUUGUGUUGGGAGUUUACAUCCACUGUGAAGGAUGCGUUGAGCGAGUGAGGAAGUCGCUGAAGGGCUAUAACGGAGUUCAGACUGUGGAGGUGGAUUCGGAGAAGAACAGGGUCAAUGUGAAAGCAGGAGAGAAGACGGACCCGACCAAAAUUGCAAAACGGGUCAGGAAGAAGACCGGAAAGCAUGUUGAGUUGAUUUCUCCGAAAAUCAAUCCGAACGAAAAGAAGGAGGUUAAGAAAGAGGAGAAGAAAGAGCCCAAAAUCGUUGAAGUUGUGCUGAAGACUUACUUGCAUUGCGAAGGCUGUGCCAUCUCUGUCAAAAAAACUCUUCAUAAGAUGCCAGGGGUUCAUACUGUGGAGACGGACAUUGACAAGAAUCAGGUGAAAGUUAAGGGCACAAUUGAGGGAGCCAAGGUUGUGGAAUUUGUGUCCAGGAGAGAAGGGAAGCAUGCUGAACUUGUCAAGACAGAAAAGGAAAAAGAACCAAAGAAAGAAGAUCAGCCGAAGAAAGACAAAGGAAAUGAAGAUUUGAAGAAGUUUUACAGCCAAUUCCACCCGGAAUUGGUGUAUGCUCCUUCGCUUUUCAGCGAUGAGAAUCCCAAUUCUUGUUCUGUUAUGUGAGGCUGGAUGAAACAGGAGCUUUGAAUUGAGGCAGAUGAUAUCAUGAUACGGUUUGUUCUUUUUGGUUUUUAUAUAUAUACAUAGGCGCUGGUCUAGACACAUAUUACGUAGCUUAUCGCCCUUUUGGAAAGCUAAGGCACAAGUCUUCUUAUUUAUGAAUGAGUUUAAUGCAUCCAAUUUUACAUAGCAAAUCUGGAAUUUUCACUGUCCGAAGGUCCAGUAUGUGAUUGUUCCGACUAAUAGUGUGUGUUUUGUUCC